UAACGCAGGAUAUAUUAACCUGCUUGGCACAAAGUAGGUAGACUGAGUUGGCUGUACCUUCAUGCAAUUCCCCAACUGCUGAGCGUUCUGUAAGUAGUUUCAAUCUCACAGUGAUCUUUCCACUCCUUGUGCUAAGCAUUGGCUAAUUCUAAAUUCUGUGCUAAAUUUUUCUGUGGUUAAAACUUCAGUGUCAGAUUGCAGUAUCUUAGAGUGCAGAUGAUCGCUCGUGAAGUACUCACUGUAAGUGCUGGUACUCCUUAAAUGCAAAAAGUAGCAUGUUGUGAAAUGCUGAUAACAGGUAACACUGACUGGGACAUUCAGUGCACUAAAUAGUGACUCAGCUGGUUUGGUGAAUGCUUUUUAUCUUCCCAGAAAAGUUUGGAGAUUGAUAACGUGCUAAGACAAUGAAUUGUUACUCAGGAAACUCUGAAUGGGCAGUUCCUGCACUGCAGACCAGGUAUUUGGGAGUACUCGUGUUGGAUAUUGAGCUUGAAAACAGCAGUCCCACUGCAAUUUGCUUGAAGCAGUACUGAAUAAUGCCUGUGUUUUCUGCAGGGUGUUCGUGGGACACCCACGAAAACGGAAGGUGUCUGAGAUGGGGAAUUCUGAACGUAAACAUUAAAUUAAUUUUUUCAGUUUAUUUUUCAGAUUACAUGUCAUUCUUUAUUAAAGAGAUGCUGGUGCAUAUCCUAAAGUAUGUUCUUUCGUAGUUCUGUAACUCUGAAGAGUGAAGGAUGCUGAUGUCCUUGUACCUUACAGAGGUUGUCUUUUGGUAACCUGUUUCAUACGUAAGCUACUGUUGCUAGUAUAGAUGAGCUGCAAAACAAUGACUAGUAUAAAUACAUAGAGAGGAUUUGGCAGUUUUCAAAACAUGUGAAAGCUUGGCUAAAUCUGGCUUUGUUGUAGCUGCAUAAGCAGAAUUUCUAAAAUGAGUUCUGCUUUGAGUUGCACGUAUUCAACAGGCAUUACAAUUAAAUAGCCAACUUCAUUGCAAGACCUUUUAAAGAUAUAGCGUCUUAAAAGCUGGCCAACAUGUCAGGCUUAAAAUGCGAUAAAGUUAUUAAAUGUGGAAGGUGAGAAGGUCAUGUUCCUUUGAUCUGUUCCUAUGAGGUUUUGGACUUUUUUCAGAAAAUCAGAUUGAUGUAACUGACUCUUCAAAACACUUCAGAAAAGCGCUUGGUUGGUCAGACCUGGUCCCGGAUGGUCUGCCUUGCAUAACCUAUUUUUGUACUGGACUUGGAAGACAUUGGCUGUUGCAAUUUAGCUCGUUUUAACAAAAUUGAGCCCUUUUUGACACUUGAUAUCUAAAAACCGCAGCAUGUAGAAACUGGUAUCUUCAUAUCUUCCCACUUUCUCAAAUGAACAUAGAAUAAUCCUGUCUUCUGGUGUAGACACAUGACACUAAUCAUGUAUACAGCUGAUGAGAAACUGAAACUGCUUUUGAGAUUUUGUGGUAUUUUUGUGGUAGAAAAAUUCUUGGCUUCUCCUUGGCAACCAUUUACUGUGGCAGCAAGUUCUUGCUGGAGUUUUUGAGACUGCAAUUUACACUUAAAACUAGUGGCCUGCUACAUAACUGCACUUAGCCAGCAUUUCUGCAGUUCAUAACUGUGAGGAACGUAGUACCACAAAUGGCAAUGGACAUUAGGACCCGGAUGUAGUAUUCCUGCUUGCUCCAAGAUUCUCAUUGCCGACUGCAUACAGGUAGGUAACAAGCAAUAUAAUAUAACUUGGUGACUUUCUAUGUAAUCUUAUACUGUGGGUAUUCUGACAUCACACUUCUGACUGUGGAAUUACAGUGCAGCACUCUUCAUACCUGUAUGUUAAACUUGCAUCAAAGCUGCGUGGUUUUCGGUUUUAAGCUUUUGUCUUGUUCAAAGCCAAUAAGCAACUUACUGUGAUUCUUAGAUAAGUGUUUUCAGACCCGAUUCCUUUGUACAUACGACUCGGCUUGUGUGAAUUUUUCUCACUUACGGUGUAACGAAGAUGUUCUUGGAGGAGCUCUGUGGGGAAGAGGGAACGUGACCUUACACUCCAGUUAACGAGUCAACUGGGUGCUCCCAGUGCCUAGAACAGGGUUGGUCAGACUUUCCGUAGUGACAGAGUGGCCCAUUUGCAAUGCAUCCCUUCAUGUGGAGUCUUGGCUCGGUAGGAAAUGCGUUAGUAGUCACUGCUGUAGCCCUGUGUAAACUGGUAGCCAAAGCUCACGAACGUGGUCAACUUUAGGAUGGAUUGGGAAUACUUCUCAGGACAUACAUACGACUGCUUCGCUGAAUAUCCCUGUAAAAAGUUCAGUAGAGCUUUUUGGGAAUCUCAGUUGUCUUUAAUUAAUCCUUGAUUGGCAAGCAAAGUACAUUUCUCUGCCUCUGAUAGUGGUGAGAAUCUAUACUUCUGCCUCUUAGUCAUCUUGGUAGUGUGAUGCUCAACUUCAUUUUUCAUCUGUCUCGAGGAUGUAAUUCUAAACUCUUCAUUAAUGCAAAUGCUGAACGCAGUGUUUCAGGAUUAACGUGCUUACGUUUCCAGACAUCCAGACAUGCUGAUCUCCAGCUCUUUUGCAUCAGUUCUUGAACCUGAAUUUCAAGGUCCCUUGUUUCAGCGCAUGACAUGGCUCGUCUGCUCAGCUUUUUCAGAGAUGCUGUAAUGUGUUUUCCCACUUGAUCUGCAAAGUUCUGCUUUGCAUACUCAUUGCUGGUAUUUUGCACCCAUCUGUGUUAUGUUCCAGAGCAGCCUCUUGCUGUUCAGCGGGCGAUCUGCUGGACAGCCCUGCCCUGCUGUAGUUAGGUUUCCAGUGUUCCACUGAAAGCAGCUAGCUGCACCUUAAGGUCAAGGUUACAAUAACAGGUCUUUGUUCACAGCAUAGUGAGUGUAGCUCAACUCCAUCGAACCAAACAGGGACAUCCGUGUGUCACAAAGUCAGUUUGACUUUUUUGGUGAUGGCUUACUCUAAACCUGUAACUAGAACUCAGCAGCAAAACUGCUGACAGUGUGCAUACUGUCAUGUAGUAAAACGGAACUGUUAAUCUUUAAACCAGUGCUCAGAUCUAAGCAGUAUUUCCAGUGUGCUCCGGACACUUGACUUUACCUGCAGGAAUGUCGUGGAGGGGUUAUUGGCACAUCUGCUUUAUUCUACAUACUUAAACUCAGUAGGAUUUUGACACUCUUGGAGCAAGCAAUCUGUGACUGAACCAUAGGUCUCAUACCAGCUCUGACUGCCUGCAGUAACGAAACUCGGUGUGGUAGAUAACUUCCAGCUCUGACUGCCUGCAGUAAUGAAACUCGGUGUGGUAGAUAACUGCAAAGCCAGUCUGUAACAAGCGCGUACCAAGAAAUGGCAUUGAAGUGCUCGCAUUGUGUUUCAUCUUGGGUUUAUAUCAUGGUGUGAAAUACACUUUUUCUCAAAAAAGCUUGUCUGAAGCUCAGAAGUGUGGUGUCAGAAUACAUAUGCGUACCUGUUAGGCCCUCAGAUCCAGAUUCUGGUGCUGUCAGGAGAGCACAGCAUAGUGUGUAUGGGGGCUUUACUGUAACAUUAAGCAUACAAAGUGUUGAUUUGCUUGCAGUUUUCCCCAUAGCUAAACACCGAGGCCUGUGAGUAGUUUUAGGACUUCAGCAGUAAUGGGGUUGCAUGUCUCUGUUAAUCAUUGCCAGCUGCAGUGACACGAUCAGGAAGGCCAGCGUUCUGUUCCAUCAUGUUAAAUAAGGCUAAGCAUGUUAGAAAGGAUGCAGAAAAAGUAUGCUGCUCUGGGUAAUUACUUGGCUUCUUCCACUACUAGGAAGUCUGGAAUCGGCUAAUUAGCUUCAGAUUUUUUUCUCUCCAUACCAGCUAGUGGGGCUCUUAAAUAGCUACUUACCGGAAAAGGAAAAAAAGAAAAAAGGGAGGAUUGGCCUUCUCCCACUUCUGUCAUUGCUGCUAGAUAAUGAUUGACAUGUUAGGACUUGGCUGUGCAAUCCCGCAGUGGUCUGUGAAUACCCCAUCUCUAUAAAUGUUGCUUCUGAACACCAGUACUGAAGAGCUAACUGGGAGGGUUGGGAGGAGUGUGGCUAUAAGUGAAUCUGGAGUGUUAAAAGGAUGCACAAAGAUAUAGUAUCCCUUAUGCAUGGUGUUUGUCGCUAUGGCAUAGAAAACAAAACGUGCAUACUAUAUUUCUGCUCCUGAGGGCCAUGAUAAAACCCAGGUGGUGGGUUUGAGACUAAACCUGAACUUCUCCCUACCUGGUCAGAUCCCAUUGUGACCAUUGUGAUUUGCCUCCCAACUAGAGGUGUGCACAGAAUGUUGUACUACUACAUCCCUAGUUGCUAACCAUUGAAGUUUGCCCUCAAUUUAGCUGUAAGUAAGAGGGUGGGUCGUCAGAAGGGAAGAAGCUGUUGCUUAGAAUAAAAGCAGUAGACUUACAGUGCUCAUCUCUAGUGUCUUCCUUUGGCUUUCGAAGCACUUCUAGGACUAUUGAACUGGGGGCUGCUAGGAAUAAAGGGCACUGCACUCCUUUGUGAAGCAGAAGGAAGAGGGCAUUGUACAGGAGACAAACUAGGGUCAAAUAGAUGAAGUAGCUUGAUUGAAAUUGUUAAUGCCUUCACAUAAGGGAUAGUAUACCUCUGGCUGCAAUCAAACUUCAUUGUACUCAGACUGGUGAUUUACGGUUUGUGCUCUGACAAGGUGCAGUUCUUCAGUCAACUACAUGCAUAUUCCUUCACCUCUUGACAAGUGUUUAGGCUAGCCUAUUUCUGCCCCUUAUUCUUCCACUAAAUAUUUUGGAAUAAUUUGUAAAUUCCCCUUCAUAACUAAUCAGUCCACAUAUCUUAAAUCUUUGCUUUCUAAGUUAGUUUUGAAAUGGUUAGAAGUUUCUGUAUGUUAUUAUAAUAACUUCACUUGUUAUCCUUUAGGUGAAGAUGCGAGCUGAGUGAAGCUGGCGUGCUCAUCCAUGGGAAUUCAGGAGCUGAGCAUGAGCACAUCCAGCGUGAUGCCCUGUGAUAUGUGAGUGGACCAAGAUACCAAGUGAACAAAACUUUUGCCCUGGGACGCGCUGCUGGAGGGGACGCCGGGCUGUAAGGACAUGAGGACGUGAGGACAGCAUCCCCCUGAGCGCCGGGCAGUCAGCCCGCAGGGACAGCCCUGCAGGAUGCCGAGGCUACGGGGCAGGUGCUGACACCAUGAAGGGCUACCAUGGGGAGCGUAGCCAGGCACAGCACUCCUCCGGCCACCGCUGCCGCUGCAUCCCAGAGGACUGCGAGCAUCCCUCCGACUACAUCCCCCACGGCCCCGACGGCCGCCCGCCUUACCUCCUCAGCCCCAGCGAGCCGUGUUCCCUGGAGCAUCCCUUCUGCCCGGUGCGGAGCCCCGGCACGGCCAGCGAGUGCGGUCCCCUGAGCGAUCCACCCUCCGGCAGCGCCAGCAGCACCUUCCCGAGGAUGCACCACGCGCAGCAGCAGCCCUACGACUCCUGCGACGAAUGCAUGGCGACUGCCCACCCCACCAGCAAGAUCAACCGCCUGCCCCCGACGCUGCUGGACCAGUUCGAGAAGCAGCUGCCGCUGCACCACGACGGCUUCCACACGCUGCAGUACCCGCGGGCCGGCGGCGCCGAGCCGCGCAGCGAGAGCCCCAGCCGCAUCCGCCACCUCGUCCACUCCGUGCAGAAGCUCUUCGCCAAGUCGCACUCCCUGGAGGCGCCCGCCAAGCGGGACUACAACGGCACCAAGAUGGACGGCCGCGGGGACGGCUACCACCACCACCACCACCAUCACCACCACCACCACCACCAGUCCCGCCACGGGAAGCGCAGCAAGAGCAAGGAUCGCAAGGCGGAUUCCCGGCACCGGUCCAAGGUGAUGGGCUGGUGGAGCUCCGACGACAACCUGGACAGCGACAGCAGCUACAUGGUGUCUGGCCGGCACGCCGUGGACCAGGGCACCCAGUACUGCGUGGACGCUCCCGAAAGUGCCUUCAGAGACUUGACCUUGAAGAGUCUAAAGAGCGGCGGGGAAGGGAAAUGCCUGGCGUGUGCCGGGAUGUCCAUGUCUCUGGAUGGACAGACGCUCAAGAGGAGCGCCUGGCACACCAUGACCGUCAGCCAAGCCCGUGAAGCCUACCCUACCGCCAGCGGCACGGAGAAAACCUUGAUGCUUCAGGAGACAAAGGCCAAAGACAGAGCCUACCAGUACCUGCAGGUGCCGCAGGACGAGUGGAGUGGGUACCCGGCGGUGGGCAAGGACGGGGAGAUCCCCUGCAGGAGGAUGCGCAGCGGCAGCUACAUCAAGGCCAUGGGAGAUGAGGACAGCGCCGAUUCAGACGCCAGCGCCAAAGUGUCGCCCCGGGCAGCCACGCGGAGAGACAGCUACCGCCGCUCCUCCAGCGCCGACCAGGCCAGGAGCAAGUUUGCAAGUAGGCACUAUUCUGAUUCAUAUAUCUGUAACUGUCCCAGCUGCGGCGUGCCACCUCGAAUGCUCCCUCGGGGGCAGAGCUACGGGCGCUCCUUCACCACUGGCCAGAUCAACGACGAGCUCAACCACCAGUUCGAGGCUGUGUGCGAGUCCGUUUUUGGCGAGGUGGAGUCGCAAGCCGUGGAGGCUCUGGACCUGCCCGGCUGCUUCCGCAUGCGGAGCCACAGCUACCUGCGGGCCAUCCAGGCGGGCUGCUCCCAGGACGACGACUGCCUCUCGCUCUUCUCCAUGUCAGCCCCCUCCGGGCCGCCCAUCACCAGCAGCAUCCUGAAGCCCGGCACCUCCUUCAGUUACAGAAAAGCUCCACCUCCCAUCCCUCCAGGAACCAAAGCCAAGCCCCUCAUCUCCGUCACCGCGCAGAGCAGCACUGAGUCUGCUCACGAGAGCUACCUGCCCAGCGAGGUCACCCGUGGCCCCGCCUGGUCCAAAGAUGCCACGGCCCGCUGCAAUUCGGCAGAGAGCCUGGAGAGCUCCAAGGUGACGACCGUGUCCCUUGAACUGCCACCGGUGCAGCCCCGCACCGCCCCCAAGCCCUCCACGCUCAUCAUCAAGGCCAUCCCCGGGCGGGAGGAGCUGCGGAGUUUGGCUCGACAGAGGAAGUGGCGGCCUUCCAUCGGCGUCCAGGUUGAGGCUGUCUCUGAUUCGGACACGGAGAGCCGGAGCCAGAGGGAGUUCCACUCCAUUGGAGUGCAGGUGGAGGAAGACAAAAGGCGAGCCCGCUUCAAGCGCUCCAACAGUGUGACGGCGGGCGUGCAGGCGGACCUGGAGCUGGAGGGCUUUGCUGGGCUGGCCGUGGCCACUGAGGACAAAGCUCUGCAGUUCGGCCGCCCCUUCCAGCGGCAUUCCUCGGAGCCCGAGUCCGGCCGGCAGUACGCCGUGUACAAGACGGUGCACACGCAGGGCCAGUGGGCGUACCGGGAGGACUACCAGAUGCAGUACGACGCGGUGGAGGUGCCGCGCCGUGACGCCUGGGUGGAGCGGGGCUCCCGCAGCCUGCCUGACUCUGGCCGUGCCUCCCCCUGCCACCGCGAUGGGGAAUGGUUCAUCAAACUGCUGCAGGCCGAGGUGGAGAAGAUGGAGGGCUGGUGCCAGCAAAUGGAGAGGGAGGCUGAGGACUACGACCUGCCGGAGGAGAUCCUGGAGAAGAUCCGGAGCGCCGUGGGCAGUGCUCAGCUCCUCAUGUCCCAGAAGGUGCAGCAGUUUUACCGACUCUGCCAGCAGAACAUGGAUCCCAACGCGUUCCCGGUGCCCACCUUCCAAGACCUGGCUGGCUUCUGGGACCUGCUGCAGCUCUCCAUUGAGGAUGUCAGCAUGAAGUUUGCAGAGCUCCAGCAGCUCAAGGCCAAUGGGUGGAAGAUCAUCGAGCCCAAGGAGGAGAAGAAGGUGCCUCCCCCGAUACCAAAGAAGCCGCCGCGCUCCAAGGUGCACCCGGUGAAGGAGCGCUCCCUGGACUCGGUGGACCGGCAGCGGCAGGAGGCUCGCAAGCGGCUCCUGGCAGCCAAGCGCGCCGCCUCCUUCCGCCAGAACUCGGCCACUGAGAGUGCAGACAGCAUUGAGAUCUACAUCCCCGAGGCGCAGACCCGGCUGUGACCGCGGCCUCGGCUUUUCUACCCGGACUGGACGGCGGCGCGUCCAUCGCUCACUGUGAUCAGGGGCCGUGGGGACACCCUGGGGGCAGCGCUUGGCCCGCUCACAGCUUCUCUCUUUUCUAUCGUAGACGUUUCAUGGAUCCGACGGUGAAUGAGCACCAACCCGGUUCUGCCCCAUCCCGUUGCCCCCUGCUCGCAUGCCCCUGCCCGUCUCUCCCAGGGUCCAGGGCUCUUCCUUCCCCCUGCCCUCUUUGGGGCCGUGUCUCAGCUCUUCUAUCCCUUGAACCCCCCUUGGUCCCCAUCCCAUCCAAAGGAGAGGUGACCCCAGCCCCCGGCCCUGCCGGGUGGGAGGGAUGGGGCUGCAGGCAGGCCCCUCACCUCUCUGUAACUCAGUGCAAUCCCGUGGCUGUGGGGACGGACCCCCAAGCCCCCAGCCCCAUGCCCAGCUGGAGCCCCGCUCCGCUCCCUGCCUCCUCCCCCAGUGCUGUGGGGAACCCAGGAGCCCUCGACCUAUAUCCAUAUAUAAAUAUUACCUAAGGAAUAAAACAGAAACUACACAUGACCAGAGCUGUGUUCUGGAGGGCGGGAUGGACCAGAGCAGCAGGUCCCCUGGCCCCAGUGAGCUGAACCUGCAUCCAUUGCACCGUGCUGCUCUGAGCCCUUCCUGCCCCUUUUCCCAGUCAGUCGCAUGGGAACACCACAGGGACAGGGCAGCCAAUUCCCUUGCACCUUGCAGCCUGGGCACAGGUGUGUGAGCAAGGCAGCAGUGCUGGGGAGACCUUCCUAUGCUCGUGCAGGACCUUGGUGCAGGGACAGAGCAGGCAUGGUGCUGCUGGCCGGUGCUGGCCUUGGUGUCCCCUGCACAUGGGGACAGGGCUGUAGGUGUGGGGCAGGAGCUUCCCCCUGAGUGUGGGGCUGCUGAAAAUCCCUCACAGGGUUGCCCCCUUCUCCCUGAGCUGCCAGUGCCCUGCAAGGAUGGGACACCACAGAUAGGGUUGCUGUGCCCUCAGUGCCCCAUGGGGACAGGGGACAGCCUGGGAUGCAGCAUUUAUGCUACAGGAAUUCCUUGAAGCCACGAAUUCCUUGAUGGCAGCUUCCAUGGGGGAUCUGGAGAUGAGGCUGCAUCCAUCCCAUCCCCAUCCUGAGCACAGCCCAUACAGGCCAGGUGCACAGUGCACCCAUGCUGCUGGCCCUCGGAGAGGGGCUGCCACGGGGAGCAGCCCCAGCUGCCUGCUCCCACCCUCCCCCAUGCCCAGGGAACAUCUGCCUGCACUGUGACCCCUCCAAGGGCUGCCCUCCCCCAGUCUCCUUCUCCCCAUGGGUGGGUGGCAGGGGGAGUGGAUGCUGGUGCCUCGAGUUCCUAUAGGUGCCAGGCACCUCCCCAAACCCACAGCCAGCUCUGCAGGAUUUGGAGGGGGAGGGGGCUCAGCUUGUGUCCCCUCACAGUGGGGGAUUGGGAGGGUCUCAAGAGCAGGGCAGUGAUUCUGGGAGGGCUUUAUGCCCUGGCGAGAAGCGGUGCUAAAAGUCCAGGUGUCAUUUACUGGGGGGCAGCAGGAACCAGGCUGCUACUUGUGAAGGAUGAUGGAGGGAGGGCGCGGGGAUGGAGCUCCCAGCCCCUGCCACCCCCACAGCCUGGUCCUGCCACCGCCACACCGUAGCUUUAGCGCUGUGCUUGCACAGGGACGCCCCGAGCCCCCCCGAGACCUCCAGCCCUGCCAGCACUGUACAGUGACCGUGACACGUGGCUCCGUUUUUAUUGUAACUAACCUCCGGAAUUAAUAAAAAGACCACUUUGGUUACUCCGGGGCAGCGGCCACCUCCCCACGGGGACACGGCUGGCUCCCGGCUCGCCUUUCCCCGCUC